AUGCGGUUUGUGUCGACCUUAUUGGUCCUCACGACCUUACUGACGGUCGGCGCGUCGAAGGAGGACUCGAUCGACCCGGUGACGCGACUCAUGGAGCGGCUCCUGCCCAACCAUGCCGGGUCGAACCUGAUCGAAUUUCGAGGGAGACACCGCGACGGCGGGUGCGCCGAAGGCGCGCGGUGUUUCUCCAUCCAGAACGGGGAUAAGCCGGGGACGAUCUCCAUCGCGGGAUCUACCGGUGUCGAGCAGGCGGCGGGCUUGCACCACUACCUCCGGCGAUUCUGCGGCGCCCACCUGGGUUGGGAGGCGACUGGAGGCCACCAGCUUCACUCGGUCCCUCGCGGAUCGCUCCCGCCGGUGGACGACGCGGGGGUGGUCGUUAACCUCCCGUUCGAGCGCACGGUGUACAUGAAUCCCGAGACGUUCAGUUACAGCACCGCGUUCUGGGACUACGAGCGAUGGGAAAAGGAGAUCGAGUGGAUGGCGCUCCACGGCGUGAACACUCCGAUGGCGCUCAACGGGGUGGAGCAGGUGUGGAUGCGCGUGCUCACGUCGAAGGACUUCGGGCUGAAGGAGUCGGAGGUGGAGGAGUGGUUCGGGGAUCCCGCGCACCAGGCGUGGGCGCGGAACGGCGCCGCGCAGGGGUCGUGGACCGGGGGUAGACCGAAGAAGUGGCUGAAGCGCCAGUGGGAUCUUCAGCGCGACGCCGUGAAGCUGAUGCGCGACUUCGGCAUGACGCCGGUGCUCCCGGGGUUCAACGGGCACGUCCCGCCGGCGAUCGCGCGCAGGUUUCCCGAGGCGAAGCUCCGCCGCGUGGAGAACUGGCUCACGGGCGAGACCACCGUCGAGAGAGACCACCGCGAGCGGAAGCGUCCGGCACCGACGGAGGAGGGGGGGAAGGCGCACGCCGCGGCGCGGGACGGGGACGACAGUCUCGCGCUCCUCGUCGAGCAGGACAGCAAGUGGAGCGAGCACGAGGUGCAUCACGCCAGUCAUCACCACGAGGAGAAGCAUCACCACGAGGAGAAGAAGGAAGAAGAGAAGGUGGAGAAGGUGGAGAGGACCGAGGUGCAUCACGCCAGUCAUCACCACGAGGAGGAGAAGAAGGACGAGAAGAAGGAGGAGGAGUCGCAUCACGCCGACCUGGCUCUCCGCGAGUCGAGCGCUAAGAAGAAGAAGCAGGAGAAGGACGCGGAGCUCGGAAAAUACGCGAAGAAGGACGACUCCGUCCGGUCCGUUCACUUCCUCGACCCGAGCGACGCGUUGUUCCAGUCUCUCGGCGCCGCCUUCACCAAGCAGCUUGUCGAGGACUUUGGCACCGACCACCUCUACCUGGCGGACACUUUCCGGGAGAUUCGCGACCCGAACGAUGAUUUCUCCGAAACGCACGUGGUGCGAGUGGGCGCGGCGACGCUCGCGGCGAUGCGCUCGGCGGACCCCCGCGCGACGUGGGUGUUCCAGUCGGACGCCUUCCGCAGGAACCCCCGGUUCUGGAACGAGGGUCGCAGGGGGGCGCUGCUUCGGUCGGUUGACAUCGGAGACAUGCUCGUGCUCGACAGCGCGGCGGAGACGGACCCGUACUACCUUCGCGAGCCUGUGCACUUCGCCGGACAGCCGUUCGUGUGGUGCGUGAAGCACAACCACGGAGGUAACCUGGGAAUGCGGGGCCGGCUGAGUGCGAUUGCGACUGGGCCCGCCGCCGCUAUGGACUCCCUCGCGUCCCGUCGCGACGGCGAGCGGGGAACGACUCACGGACGCGGCACCCGGGUCGGAUCAUCGCGCAGGAUGCUCGCGGAUAAUAAGAGGGUCUCCCGCGAGGCGACGCACGGCUCGCGUAAAGUCGGUAAGUCCCAGCUCGUGGGGUUUGGAAUAACCGCCGAGGGUGUCGAGCAAAAUCCCGUCGUGUACGAGCUCGCGGCGCUGACGUCGCAGUCGGAGAAGGGCGUCGACGUGGACUGGUUCCUAUCGGAUUACUCCCGACGUCGCUACGGCGGCUACUCCGUCCGCCAGCCCGCGCCCACGACCUUACCCGUGGGCACCGGACAAGGCGCCUUCCUCGCGGGUUUCAUCGUGGGCAACAACCCAAUCGCGGGCUCGCCCGGAUACCUCGGCCCGGGGGAGUGGUACGACCCCGCCAAGCACGGCGAGAUGGGCAAGGAGGAGGCGUACGAUCGCGCACGCGAAGCUUGGGAGAUUUUGGGUAAGACGGUGUACGGAGCCCGCGCGAAGGGCGAGGAUGAGGACCACGUGCGCGACGCGUGCUCGUGGCAGCCGUCGCUCCGAGCGGAUGAACUCUCGCCGGAUUACUUCGACGCCGCCAAGGUUGUGGACUACGCGUUCAAGCCCCUCAUCGACGCGGCGCCCACGCUGCGGGCUAACGGCGCGGGGACGCGCGUGGACUACGACAUCGUGGACGUGGGGAGGCAGCUGCUCGCCAGGCAGUCGAACGUCCUCGCGACGCAGAUCAGGGAUUCCCUCAACUCCAACAACGCCUCCGAGGCUAAGAUGUACGGCACGCAGAUGUUGGAGCUGCUCGACGACAUGGAUGCGCUUCUCAGGUCGCACAAAGGGUUCCUCCUCGGUAACUACAUCGAGUCCGCCAAGUCCUGGGCGGGUAAGCGCAAUAAGGAGUCGGAUGAGGCAAACUUGGAGCGAUCCGCGCGUUCUCUCAUCUCCGGUUUCGGCCCCUCGGGUUCCAAGCUCGGCGCGCCCCUCGGCCACCCGAUGCACGACUACUCCAACAGGCAGUGGUCCGGUAUGCUGGGCAGGGUCGGUGAGGGCGACCAGGGGCUGUACUAUCGCCGCUGGAGCGCUUUCCUGCGCCGAGUGGUGACGACGAUUGAGAAGGCUGAGGAGAAGGAGAAGAAGAACGCCAAGGUCGCGAAGAUUGGCGAGGAAGAGCUCCUUAAGAAGAAGGAGCUCGUGAAGGAAUUGAGCUGCGCUCCGGAUGACACCGGCAAGAUGCACUGCACUACCCCAGGCGCCUUUUCCGCCGAGACCAAGCACCAGUCCUCCCAUCACAAAGAUCACUCGAGCUCCCACCACUCGCACCGCAAGCAUUCUAGCGACUCCGAGAGGAACCCCGGGGAGUCCGAGAAGGCUAACCCGCGGGACGGCAAGUCCACAGCCGCGGAGAUGAUCGAGAUGAUCGAGGCGGAGGACGCGAAGCGUCCAUCGCCGAUUCCCCACGCCGUCCACCCCGACUGGGACCAGGACGCAUGGGAGCGCGAGGACGCCGACAUCGUCGGCGCGUGGGUCGAGGAAACCGGCAAAUCGUUCACCACCGAACCCCAGGGAGACCCCUUACAGGUUGCGAAGAACGUCUACUGGAAGUACAAGGAGGCCAUCAAGAACUCGCCGAUCCUCGGCGAACCCGAGUACAUCCGCGAGGACGAGGAGGCGAAGGCCAAAGCCGCGAUGUGGCUGGCGCAGUCGGAAAAGUCCGACACGGAGGAGGUUGAGGUGGUUCAUCGCAAGAAGAAUAAGAGGGUGACCGCGAAGGAGAUGAUCAACCGUCUGGAGAAGACGGAGCGUCGUCGCCACGAGGGUUACCUCGACGCCGAGCAGGAGCUGCUGAUGGAGGAAAAGGCGGACGUGAGCGGAUCCGACGUCAUGCGAGCGAUGAGGUCGGUCGAUUCCACCGUCUGGGUCGUCGUCUCCGGCGUGUGCGCGACGGUUUUCAUCGCGUGCGUCGCGAGCCACCGGGCGAGCAAACUCGACGCCCGCCCGUACGAGCGGUACGACUCGUACCCUCACGACGAACGCAGACCGUUGCUCGGCUGAGAAUGUUGUAUUUUAUUAAAGAGAGGAAAAGAAAAGGGAGCUCGCCGCCGAGCUCUGGCAGCCUACUUAGCGCCACGCCUGCGGAUUCCUAGUCCCCUUCCUGUAUUUCGCCUUCUGCGACAUCGGCUUCUGGGACGCGUACAGCGAGGUUUUCUCGGCGUCCCCUUUCUUCUGCUUCUUGUUCGCCGCCUCCUCUCGCGCCGCCUCCUCUCGCGCCGCCUCCGCCGCCCUCGCCGCCUCCGCCUCCGCCUCCUCCCGAGUCAUCAUGGUGUACGUUUUCGGAGCCUGGAACCCCGACAUGAUGUCGCCAUCCGCCGUUCGCUUCGCGCCCCUCGCGUUGAAUCCGUGCAUUGACUCGAGCCUCCACAGCUCCAACCCCUCGCGAGGGGCGCCGCAUCGCUUCAUGUUGCACUUGUCCCGCUGAUGCGCGCGGUUGACGUUGCCGCACUCGCCGCACCGCCAUUCCCCGCCCUCCAAGUCCUUAUGAUCGCCCCGCGACCACUCGUCGUCGACGUCGUCCCUCGCCACCGGUCCAACCACCUCCGGCGUCGGCGCCGAAGGUUUCGGACGCGGCUUGGACAUGUAAGGGCACGGCGUCGCGUCCGCGCCCUCCUCGACUCCGUCCCUCGCCGCGGCGAGCGCGAGCUGGACCGUCGGCGUCACCGCCAGCGCGACGACAAAUUUCUGCCCCAAAUUUCCGUCCACCGCGCCGAGGCC